AUGGCUCAAAACAAGCUUCAUGUAGCAAUAAUUUCAAGCCCUGGGAUGGGCCAUUUAGUACCCGUGUUAUUACUCGCCAACCGGCUCGCCACUCAUCACCACCUCGACACCACCAUCCUCGCGGUCACCACCCAAACAUCACCCGCCGAAUCGCAACUCCUCAACGGCUCCUCCGCCCACAUCAACUUAAUCAAAAUCCCAUCACCAGACAUCUCCAGCCUAAUCCACCCCGAUGACACUAUGGUCACCCGACUAGUAGUCAUCAUGCGGGAAGCUAGAAACGGUAUUUGGUCUGCCAUCUCCGGUAUGACCUGCCGUCCACACGUCCUCAUCGGUGAUCUCUUUUCUAGCGAGUCACUUCCAAUAGCGGACGAGGUUCACAUGCCAAAGUACGUUUAUGUUCCUUGCCUUGCGCGUUUUCUCGCUCUAACCACCUAUUUACAUGUCCUUGAUAAAGAGGUGAGAGGUCAAUAUAUUGAACAGAUGGAACCAUUGAGGAUUCCUGGGUGUGUUCCGGUCCGGGGUCAAGACGUGCCUAAUUUUAGUUUGUUACAGAUCCACCCCGAAUAA